GCCCAGCAUGACCCUCGACGUCGAAAAGCAGGGCCCUCUGGAUGACAGCUCGAGGAGGACGAGCAACACCGAGGUCGGCUCGGCUCCUCUCGCCCUUCGUCGCUCGUUGAGCCGCCACACCUACAAGGGCGGCGAGAAGACGCUCGCCAACAAGCCCGACGAUGUCGAUGCCGAGGUCUGGCUCGAGGCAUCGAGCGUCGCCGGCAUCAAGGAGCGCAAGCUCACCUGGUGGCAGGCGGCCGCGCUCCUCCUCACUGAAUAUGUCGUCCUCGCCAUCCUCAGCUUCCCGUACAGCUUCGCGACCCUCGGCUACGCCGGCGGCACCCUCACGACGGUCAUCGUCGGCAUCUCGGUCUACUACACGAGCCUGCUCCUGUGGAGGUUCUGCGCGGCGCAUCCCGAGGUCCGCGACAUUGCCGACGCCGCGCAGGUGCUCUGCGGUGGGCGCCGCAUCGGCUGGUACAUCGGCUUCUCCGCCCUCGCCCUCAAUGCCUGGUGCAUCAUGGGUCUGCACGCCGUCGCCGGUGCUACUGCGAUUCAGACGAUCCGUGACGGCAAGGAGGUCACGCUCGUGUGGGCUGUCGCAGGCCUCACCCUCAUCAUGUGGUUCUGCUCCAACAUUCGCGACUUUAGCUCGAUGACGGCGCUUGGCCUGGUGGCCGCCUUCACCAUGUUCGUCGCCACCUUACUCGUGCUUGUCGGCCACGGCGUCCAGGACCACCCGUCCGGCUGGACCGAGGGCUUGCAGAUCACGCACUCGGUCUGGGCGCCUGCGGGCACUACCUUCGUCGAAGGCAUGAACGCUGUCUUGAACGUUGUCUAUACUUUCGUCGGCCACGCCCUCAUCCCCUCGUUCAUCGGCGACAUGGAGAAGCCGCAAGACUUCCCGAAGGCGCUCGGCAUCUCGAUGACGGCCCAGCUCGUUCUCUACACGAUCACCGGCGCCGUCGUCUACCACUACACCGGUACCGAGCUCACGACCGCCCCGGCCUACGGCUCCCUCAUCUCGCGGUACGGCAAGCCUGCCGCCGGCCUCGUCCUGCCCACCAUCGUCAUUGUCGGCAUCUUGUACUCGCUCGUCGUCUCGCGCGCCAUCUUCUUCCAGAUCUUCAAGGAGGGCUCGCGCCACCGCUCGUCGCACACGGUCAAGGGGUGGCUCGUCUGGUUCGCCAUCGUCUUUGUCGGCUGGGCCAUCUCGUUCAUCAUCGGCGAGGCCGUGCCCUUCUUCUCGGACCUCCUUUCCCUCAUCAGCUCGCUCUUCUCCUCGCACUUCGGCUACACGAUGUGGGCUGCCGCCUGGUGGCAGAUGAACAAGGGCCGCCGCACCGAGAGCCCGCGCAAGAUUGUCGAGCUCUGCGUCAUCGCCGUCAUUUUCGUCGCCGGCAUGUUCUUCUUCGGCGCCGGCACCUACGCCUCGGUGCAGAGCAUCAUCAACUCUUAUGCGUUGGGCGCGGUCAAGAGUCCCUUCACGCGCGCCAACACCGGCUUCGUCCUAGACAACUAGACGAGGAGCGCUCUCUCCCGCGCUCGACUUCCCUAUUUGUGCCCGAUACCCCUACAGCGUCGUCCCCUUCUCCUUCUCCCUUCUCCCGGACGUCCACAUCUAUGGACUGUAGAAAAUAGAGCGAGCUCUGAUGCUGGUAUCACUGCGCUCGUCACGAUU